CGAGCUCGGCGGCGGACAGUAGCGGCGCGCCGAGCCCAGCGCGCAGGGCUGCCCUUCGCGGGCCGGCGGGGCGGGCGCUCCCGGCUCCCCGACGCCUCCCGCGCCCGGCGGCCGCGCGCCCUCGCUCUGCCCUGCUGGUCCCGGGCGUCCCCGCCAUGCGCCCUGGCUAGUGCGCCCGGGGCGCAGCGCCGACCCGGGCCGCGCCCGCCGUCCGCUCCCGCCGCCGGCAUGCUGCGCCCGCUGCUGCUCGCCGCGCUCUGCGUGGCCGGCCGGCUCGGGGCCGCCCGCGGCUGCCAGCUGCCCUCGGAGUGGAGACCCCUGAGCGAGGGCUGCCGCGCCGAGCUGGCCGAGAUCAUCGUGUACGCCAAGGUGCUGGCGCUGCACCAGGAGGUGCACGGCCUGUACAACUACCUGCCGUGGCAGUACGAGCCCAGCGACGCGGGGCUCUUCUACUCCGCCGAGAUCGAGAUGCUGUGCGACCAGGCGUGGGGCAGCAUGCUGGAGGUGCCCGCGGGCUCCAGGCUCAACCUCACCGGCCUGGGCUACUUCUCGUGUCACUCGCACACCGUGGUCCAGGACUACUCCUAUUUCUUCUUCCUCAGGAUGGAUGAAAAUUAUAACCUCUUGCCUCACGGAGUCAAUUUCCAAGAUGCCAUCUUUCCAGACACUCAAGAGAACAGAAGGAUGUUUUCCAGCCUUUUCCAGUUUUCGAAUUGUUCUCAAGGGCAGCACCUGGCAACUUUUUCCAGCGACUGGGAGAUCCAGGAAGACAAUAGGCUCAUGUGUUCGUCAGUGCAGAAGGCCCUGUUUGAGGAGGAGGACCAUGUCAAGAAACUGCAGCAGAAGGUGGCCACCCUUGAGAAGCGGAACAAGCAGCUUCGGGAUCGGGUGAAGAAGGUCAAGAGGUCGCUGAGGCAGGCCCGGAAGAAUGGGCGCCACCUGGAGCUAGUGAACCAGAAGCUCAGUGAGAAGUUAGCGGCUGCAGCAGGUGCCGUCCCACACAUUAAUGCCCUGGGGCAGGAGCCACCCGCUGCCACCUACCUGCGGGGGUAGCAGAGACUGAGCAGUGGCCUUGCCUGGCCCUGCUGGAGCAUGCUGCCUCUUACCAGGGAAUGUGAAGGGAUAGCAGGUUUGUCUGUGCACUCUUGUAGAUGAAUUCUAAAUAUGAAUUUGGUCGAGCGUCGUUGCUUAAAGGGGCAAGUCUUGCUUAUUUCCUUGGCUGCUGGGCUCCCUUCCCUCCCUGUCUUGCUCCCAGGCCCGGUGCUUGCCAGUCCAGAGCAAGAUCCUGGAGUGUCACGUGCUUGCCUAGGGCCUGUCCACCCUGGAAAGUGUACUUACUGUGGAAAGAACAUUUUAGAAUCUCUAGCUGCACAAGAACCCAGGGGUUCAGCCUUAUUUCAGAGGAGAAGCAGUAUGAGCUCCAGGACCACCAUUAGUUCUGAGGAGGCAUCUGCAGCAAGUCGUGGAACCUUCUGAUGUCUUAUUUGCUACAUUUUUGAAAGGAGGAUGGCAGUCUUUCAAAGCACCCAAGGAUACCUGUAAAUAAACCUGUGCAUGGUGUCCCUACCCCGCCAGCAUUUGCUCACAGCUGAGGCAUUGUAAGACUUCAUAUGAGGUCUUAACAGGUAGCGUACUGAGUUGCGGCAGGGGGUGGGGGUGGGGAGCAGGUAAUCGAGUAAUAUGAAUUAUACCUGAUUUCUAACACCAGUUACCCAGAGCUAAAGAGGACACCUAUGGGUCACUUUAAUCUAAAGGGGAAUUGCCUUUAUGGACUGGCCAUGUUUUAGCAAACCAUGUUCCUGACCUGGAAGAGUCUGACCACUAACAUGGCUCGCUCAUGAACUCCAUCUAGCUGCUCUGAUUUUGAGGUGAGUUGACCCAGUACACCAUUAACUUCCAUUCUGCAAAGACACCUCCUUACCUAAUGGAGUCAAGUUUCCCAUCCAGGCAGUUCUACAGAGUCUUGCCACAAGCAUUUUCACGGCAAACAUUUUUGCCACAUAACACACUAGCUGUAAGGUAACGUUGCUGUCAGAGAUGAAAUAACUAGUUGAUAGUUAGGUUUAAUUUCUCCACUGACAGAGUUCCCAUUUUUAUAUUGCAUGAAUCUUAGCCCUCCUAAUGGGCUAUACAGUGACCAGUACACAUGGUGGCCUUAAAAUGGUGCAUGAUAACUACAUAUAUGGACUUGAUAGAAAAUACAGCAACAAAACUAAGUAGAAGUGUGAAAUAAGACUGUAAGGUCAGAUUGCAUACCAUACUAUCAUGCAAAAUGGUAAUUCAUGAGUUGAAAUAACUCGGCUAGAAAAGCAUUACAACAUCUAUCUAGAAGGCUUUCAUCAUACGAUACAAAGCUUAGUUACAAAUGUGCAUCCUAGUAUUUGGAAAACUAAUACCUCUCUUGAUGUAACAUGAAAAAAUUAUUUCUUAUGUCCUUUUUAAGGCUCCUCUUUUAUUUUUUGUUAUUUUAUCUUUUAUGGCCACAUUGCCUUCUGGCCAAUGUGUUAUGCAGUGAAAAUGCUUGUGGCAGAGAUGCCUACAGUGAAAAUACCGGACGUGGUUCCAGUAAUAUCAGACAUGGUUCCAGGCAUUCCAAGCACUUUCCACCUCCCUGGACUGUCCAAUCCUGGGAGGAAUGUUUUCACAUGAGUCCACAUGUCAGUGCAUCCGGUUUUGUACAUAGUCAGAACUCUUCACCCUCUUUGGAAAGACAGCUUCAAAGACAGUGCAAGUAAAAAGAGUAUCCACUAGGUCUAACAUCUGAGCCCUUACUUUAGUAGCAUUUGAUCUAGUCCCAGUUGUGUUCCUCAGAAGGUAGCUGAGUGGCCGUCUUGUGAUGGUCUUCUGAUGGACCUCCAAAUCUACAAGUCUCCUUUCUGUGCUGUUCCAGAUGGAACCUGCAGGUUCCUCAUCAGGAAAUCUCCCCCUAGACCACCCCAGACACUUCAGUGCUUGAUGAUGUUGUCCUUUCCAUUAGAAAUGGCAAUUAUACUGUCAGCUGUCCCUUCCACUGCUUGUAGGAAAACCAAGUUCUUGCUCUCGCAGCUAGUUGGGAGGAUGGACUUGGUUCACUUGAGGGGCAAGCUGAUGCUCAAGGGGAGAAGUCUACACCCUGGACUGGAUGGAAUGGCAGCUUUUGCUUCAUUUCCAAGCUUCUGCUGCUCCUUUAUAGCUGUAUUCUUCAUAGCAUGAUACAAUGGUUAAUUCUUCCUGGGGCCAUUUCAUUAAAGCACUUUUGCUUCCACCCAAGGGAAUGACAAGCCUAAGGGUGAUUUACAGCUAGUGUUUUGAGAACUGUGGAACUGGAUCCCUACAGAUGCAUUAUGUUCUACCUUUUUAAUAAAUAUGAGCAGUAUUUCAGCCACAA